CGUGCUAGCGGACGGGAGGCGACGCGGCGGCGGCGGCGGGGCGGAGGAGCCGGCGGCGCCCCGUGGCCCGGGGAGGCAUGUUCAGGAACGCAGCAGGCAUCCGCGUGCACUUGCUGGGGCCGCUCUGGGGAAAGAAGGUUGGAGCCUCGCCCGCCCGGUGCUUGCACCAGACCCUCGCCAUGGCCAAGCGUGUGCAGGCCCGAAGGCUGACCGGGAUCGACCACAACCCCUGGGUGGAGUACGUCAGGCUGGCCAGCGAGUGUGACGCCGUGAACCUGGGCCAGGGCUUCCCAGACUUCCCGCCCCCGGACUUCGCCCUGGAAGCCUUCCGGCAGGCCGUCACCGGGGACUUCAUGCUGAACCAGUACACCAGGGCGUUCGGCUACCCACCACUCACCGAGAUCCUGGCCAGUUUCUUCGGGAAGCUGCUGGGCCAGGAGCUGGACCCGCUCAAGAACGUGCUGGUGACCGUGGGCGCCUACGGGGCCCUGUUCACAGCCUUCCAGGCCCUGGUGGACGAGGGAGACGAGGUCAUCAUCGUGGAGCCCUUCUUCGACUGUUACGAGCCCAUGACCCUGAUGGCCGGGGGCCGCCCCGUGUUCGUGUCCCUGAGGCCGAGCCCCUCCCAGGACAAGGAGCCAGAUUCCAGCAGCAACUGGCGCCUGGACCCCGCGGAGCUGGCCAGCAAGUUCACCCCUCGGACCAAAGCCCUGGUCCUCAACACCCCCAACAACCCCCUGGGCAAGGUGUUCUCCAAGGCCGAGCUGGAGCUGGUGGCCCGCCUGUGCCGGCAGCACGACGUGCUGUGCAUCUCCGACGAGGUCUACCAGUGGCUGGUCUACGACGGCCACCAACACACCAGCAUCGCCAGCCUCCCUGGCAUGUGGGAGCGGACCCUGACCAUCGGCAGCGCCGGCAAGACCUUCAGCGCCACCGGCUGGAAGGUGGGCUGGGCCCUGGGCCCGGACGCUCUCAUGAGGCACCUGCGCACCGUGCACCAGAACUCCAUCUUCCACUGCCCCACGCAGGGCCAGGCCGCCGUGGCCCUGAGCUUCGAGCGGGAGCUGCAGCACCUGGGCCAGCCGGGCAGUUACUUCGUGCAGUUCCCACAGGCCAUGCAGCGGCGCCGCGACCACAUGGCGCGCAGCCUGCAGGCGGUGGGCCUGCGGCCCGUGAUCCCCCAGGGCAGCUACUUCCUCAUCACCGACAUCUCGGACUUCAAGAGCAAGAUGCCCGACUUGCCCGGCGCCGUGGAUGAACCCUACGACCGACGCUUCGUCAAGUGGAUGAUCAAGAACAAGGGCUUGGUGGCCAUCCCCGUGUCCAUCUUCUUCAGCCAGCCCCAGCAGCAGCACUUCGACCACUACAUCCGCUUCUGCUUCGUGAAGGACGAGUCCACGCUGCGCGCCAUGGACGAGAAGCUGCAGAAGUGGAAGGCAGAGCUGAGGCCCUGAGUGGAGGAGGUUGGCUCCCGCCUGGGGGUCCGUGGUCCCGGGGACCCUCCCCCGCCACACCCGGCAUUCCUGCGGAGUGGGCCAGCGGCUCCCCACAAGUGCCUGCCCUGCCUUGGGGGUGGGCAGCCGGGGCCUGCCCGGCCAGUUCUCGGGCCUUGGAGGAGGGGCUGUGAGUCCCAGCCCUGCCCUGGCCCUGGCCGGCGCGGCCUCGCCUCCCCCUUCCCUGUCUGGCCUGGACCGUGGGCGGGGCCUCCGUCUCCAAUAAUAAUUUCCGUGCGCAAUAAAGCUCUAACUUAUUCGCA